GUUCCACCUGCUGCUCUCCCAAUAUGAGCAGGCCCUGGUGCCAGCUGCCAGGGUCCAGGGCACCACCUCCCUGCAGCAUGCUGGGGGCUGACUCUGAUAUCGUCUUCCAACAGAAAACCAUGAGCCCAUCCUUCCAGACUGCCACCCUCAAAGCCAUCUACACAGGCCCCAUCUGACACUCUUGACAUCUGCAGGUCCCAGACCCUACGAUGCGUCCCCUCUGGAGGCUCCUCAUCCUUCUCGGGUUGCUGGCCUUGCCCUUGGCCCUGAACAAGCAGCCUUGGUCUGGCCUGGCCCAGGCCCACACAGACAGCAAAUCCACCCUGGCAAGAAUUAUUGCCCAGGGCCUCUUGAAGCACAACGCAGAGAGCCGAAUCCAGAACAUCCACCUUGGGGGCAGCCUGAAUGCCUCGGCACAAGUAGCCCCAGGGAUGGUGGGCUGGCUAAUCAGCGGCACGAAACUUCAGCAGCAGCAGGAGAGCAGCAUCAACAUCACCAACGUUCGGCUGGACUAUGAUGGGAUCCAGAUGGCUUUCCAUAAGGAGUGGUUCUCGGCAAACAUCUCACUUGAACUUGACCUUGAAUUGAGACUGCCCUUUGAUAACAACAUCAUAAAGGUGUGUGCACACAUGAGCAUCAUUGUGGAGUCCUGGCUGGAGAAAGACGAGUUUGGCCGGAGGGAUCUCGUGAUAGGCAAAUGCCAUGCAGAGCCCAGCAGUGUCCGAGUGACCGUCCUCACCGAGGCUAUCCCACCAAAGAUGAAACAUUUUCUCCACAACUUCACAGAGAACCUGGAAAAAGUUCUCCCAUGCCUGGUAGAGAGUCAGGUAUGUCCUCUGAUCCGGGAAAUCCUCGAGCAGCUGGAUGUGAAACUGUUGAAAAGCCUCAUGGAUGGGUAACAGGAGGCUGCUCAUGAACCAGCCCACCAUGAAUCCAGCCAACCCUCCGCAUGCCAGGCUGGAGAGUCCCCCAGCUGA